AUGUACAGUCCUCCGGUGGAUCUAUCCUUCAGAAAUCUCUCCACCAUGACAGAUGCUAUGGCGGAGAUUCCCCGACGUGGCGUGCGUCCUCUGACCCCCGACUCCAGGGGGCGGUACCAUAGUCGAGCUGUGCGCCUCAAUAACAAUAACAUCAGUGACCUAACGGGUGUCGGCUUCCUCCUGGGGCACUUCCUGUCCAGACCUUCCCAUCUGGGUUGGCUCGACCUCUCCUUUAAUAAACUGGAGCGCAUCGACCCGGUUUUGUGUGAGAUGCAAGAGCUGCGUAUAUUGUAUCUCCACGGGAACAGCAUCUGGAAGCUGUCAGAGGUGGAUAAACUGGGCCGGCUGCCCCACCUCCACACCAUCACCUUACAUGGCAACAGCAUCGAGUCUACCAGCGGAUACAGGAGUCGUGUAAUAGCCGUCCUACCAGAGCUGAAGGCUAUGGACUUCAGUGCAGUCACAACGGAGGAGCGUGUCCUGUCUCAAAUAAAGUUUACUGGUGUCAGACACUGA